GGAGGUUUUACAAUGCCGAGCGUUUCUCCGAGCGCAUUUUGCAGCUGCUGGCUUGGAGAGCGAAGGUCCCGACGUGCGUAAAGCACUCAUAAAUGUAGAUAUAGUGACCACACCGAGAAGAGAGACAGAAUAUAUAACAAGGAGGGAGAAAGCCAUCGAUCAUCAAAUUAUUCCAACACUCAGCGGAGGAAUUAACCUGAAAGCUUCGAGAAAGAGAGCGAGAGAGAGAGCCUUUGAUAUUCAGACCUUUGUCGGACACAAACAAGCCAAAAAGAAACGACUCUAAUCAUGGAGCCUGCUCAGUCAGAAGCGAACAUCAUAUCCAACGGGAAAAGUCACGACCCCGGAGACGACAUGAGUGUGCCAAUGAAGACAUUUCUCGAGGAGGAUCAAAAUGGAACUCAAGCAGUCAGAUUUGAUGAUCCUGACCUAGGACUGGAAAAUGAAGAAUUUCUGCCCAGUGCUGAUGGAAAGAAACCUCAACGCUUCACAGACUUUGAAGGAAAGACCUCUUUUGGCAUGUCUGUCUUCAACCUGGGUAAUGCUAUCAUGGGCAGUGGAAUCCUGGGAUUGGCCUACGCCAUGGCCAACACUGGCAUACUGCUCUUCUUGUUUCUUCUGACUGCAGUAGCAGCGUUGUCAUCUUACUCCAUUCAUCUGCUGCUCAAAUCCUCGGGCAUUGUGGGAAUUCGAGCUUAUGAACAGCUGGGCUACAGAGCCUUUGGCACUCCUGGAAAAAUGGCUGCUGGUAUUGCAAUUACCCUUCAGAAUAUUGGAGCUAUGUCCAGCUACCUGUACAUCGUCAAAUCUGAGUUACCGCUGGUCAUCCAAGCAUUCCUGAAGGCUGACCCCAGCUCUGAUUUGUGGUACAUGAAUGGAAACUACCUGGUCAUCAUGGUCUCUGCCAGUAUCAUCCUGCCCCUGGCUUUAAUGAAGCAACUCGGUUACCUCGGCUACACCAGUGGAUUUUCCCUCAGCUGUAUGGUGUUCUUUCUCACUGCGGUUAUCUAUAAGAAGUUUCAGAUCCCCUGCCCGUUCGAGGAGUUCUCAGCCAACAGCACUGCUGCCCACCUCAACGUGAGCUUCUCAAGCCACGGCCACGAGUACACCAAUGGUGUUGUUCACGCAGACGAUGACGACUCCCACUGCUCCCCACGCAUGUUCACCAUCAACUCUCAGACAGCAUACACCAUUCCCAUCUUGGCUUUCGCUUUUGUUUGCCACCCUGAGGUCCUGCCCAUUUACACCGAGCUUCACAACCCAACAAAGAAGAGGAUGCAGAAGGUGUCCAACAUCUCCAUCUUUGUCAUGUACAGCAUGUACUUUCUAGCAGCUCUCUUCGGCUACCUGACCUUUUACGGCAACGUGGAGCCAGAGCUGCUGCACACCUACAGCCGCAUCGAUCCUUACGACAAUUUGAUCCUGUGCGUGCGUGUUGCCGUCCUCACUGCCGUCACACUGACCGUCCCGAUUGUGUUGUUCCCUGUGCGUAGAGCCAUCCAGCAGAUGCUGUUCCCCACCAAGGCUUUCAACUGGUGGCGUCACACAGCCAUCGCUAUCGUUCUGCUCACCUUCAUCAACAUGCUGGUGAUAUUUGCCCCAAACAUUCUGGGCAUCUUCGGCAUCAUUGGUGCCACGUCGGCUCCCUGCCUCAUUUUCAUCUUCCCCGCCGUUUUCUACAUUCGCAUCGUCCCCAAAGAAGACGAACCCAUGAGCUCUGUUCCUAAGAUACUGGCUGCCUGCUUUGCUGCUCUGGGCGUCUCCUUCAUGGUGAUGAGUCUGAGCUUUAUAAUCAUCGACUGGACGAUGGGGAGCAGCCAUGCCGCAGGAGGCCACUAGAGGCUGCGUCUGUGUGUGGGCUCAGCAAACGGGGAAAAGUACUGGUCAAUGUAAAAUCGGAGCACUAUCACCUCAGUGGGAACACACUACAGUGCUGGCCAGCACACAGCCGGGGGGUUGUAACAGUAAACAAACGUACAGUAUCGAAUGUGGGUUGGAAUCACAUUUGGAUUGACCAAGUCGAAUUAACCCUUUGACACUUUUCCGAACAAAAUCCUCUCAUAACAAUGUUCAAUAAUUCAAUUUAACGCAGUGCAAUGGUGAUAAUGUAAUUUAUAUGAAUAAUCAGGAACAAACAGGGUCUCUUUGAUUUUUACCAUCAUUUGCUUGUGUGACAAAGUCCACACCCUCGAUGGAGAAAUGGUCCUUUCCUGUUGCUUCCUCUUUAUUUACACAUAAACAGAUGCAGCAGGUACUGUAUAGAAGAAAGUUGCUACGAUCGUGUUUUAGGCGUCGAGAUACACACAAGAGAUGACAAAAAGCUUGCAAGUUAUUUUUACACAAAGUUUUUUUCGCAAGACGCACAAAACGGGACUCACCCUGAACCAGCAGCACUCUGAACUGUAAGAUAACACAACAAGUGCUUUAAAGCCCUAAAGUGUGGAUGACACUUCAUUUCCCAGAGUUCUGAUUAUUAUCAUUAUAAUUUUACAGUUCAAACUUUUAUUUCUAAUUAAUGAAUCAGCAUUAUUUUUAACCAACACAGAUGCCUUUCAAUAUUUAGAACAACACAGUAAAAACAGAAAUGUAUAUUUAUUUAGCUACUGUCAGUGUUUUUAAUUUCAGAUAUUUAACUACUGUAUAUGAUGAAGGUAAUUUUGUUUUAGAUCACAGCACAGUAUAGAGUUAAUGGAAGGUGUUCCAGGCUGACAAUACUUUGAAUAUUUGUUACAAUAUUACUCGAUUGAUUUGAGAAUCCUUGAUAGAUAUUUAGCACAUAUGCCAAACUGUGACAUUGAAUAUGAACCAAGUACAGUUCAAGUUUACCCCGACAGUUCACAUCUCAUGAGCCUCUUUAAUUCUUGAUCAUAUUCACCUUUAUAUUUCGCAUUAAGUCCGUAGCCCACAUUCACAAUAAAAACCCCUGAUACGUGCUACAUAUUCUGUAACUACACUUUCCAAUACUUUGUAGAAGUUUUACGAUUCUUACACUGAGCAAGAAUUUAAAACCAAUGAGCCAUAAAUAAUAAUUUUUCUGUAAAUGUUCCCAUUUCUUUGUCUUCCUGAGAGUUAGUUAAGGAUAUUGAUACCACUGUAAUGUAUGCGUGUAACAACAGCAGCAGCCAGGAGAGUUAUUUUACCAUAACGAUUGGACAAAAGGGAACAAAUAUUCAAGUAGAUGAAUACAUGAACCCAUUAGAACUGUUCAAGUUCACCAAAUAUUGUUUAUUAACCUGAAGCAUUACAAGCAGCAGGCUCCUCGAAGUCACUGUGACCAGCCAAGAAAUUGUACGGUAGAUAAUCCCUAUAAGCACAAAUCAAUUUUACACUUCAGUUUUUGUUUAAAAUACUUUUUUAAAACUAGUUAAUGCUCUUUAGAACAUCUGACCGUUGGAUAUCUUUAACUUUAUCAGAGUCUGUAUAACUGUUUCCCCCAUUUACACUCUUCGUGAUAAGCUAAGCUAAUGUGCUGCCGCUCUGUUGUGUUUAACAAAAAUACAUAUAUAUGGUAUUGAUCUUCUCAUCUAAUUCUCAGGAAGAUGGCGACUAAGCACAUUUCUCAAAAUGUUAAAUUUAUUUUAACUGAUCUAGAAUUGAAAGGGUCCAAGUGAAUAAAUAUUGUGUCCAGCCAUGCAGAUAGUUUUAGUUUUACUUACUUGGGUUUUGAGAUGCAUCAUAUGGAUGAAAGUAUGUGGACACCAGCACAACCUCAACAUCUCAAAAUGAUAAGCAAGCAAAGCCAAACUCCACUCGGCUGGGUGCAAUAGAAUCUUUUUUGUACAAUGCCUGGCCAAGCAACAUGAAUAUAUAAAAAGAGUAGAGUUCAAGUGAAUUUCUUUUUUAAUUUGAAGAUGUAUUAAUCUGUUGUAGUUCUGCUUUGACGUCUUUGCUGUUCUGGUUUGUAGUAUUUUGAUUUGCUUUCACACUUGAUGAACAUUUAGACUUGAAGUUCAAGUUUUGCAUGUGGUAAUGUCCAGUCCGUCCUCCAGUUGAUAUAGGGAACUACACUGUGAGUGAUUAUCCGUCCGUAUUCAAUUGGCAUUUUAAAGUGAAGUGGAUUGGACUCUCAAUCUGUGCUAUAGUUACCAUAGUGUUAUAUUAGUAUUUUGAAGCCCUUCUUAAAUGUUUUAAACAUUACUGUUGUGAUGUUCCGUCAGCGAUGACACGUUCAAUCCAAGGUUGAUUUAGGGAUGUGGACGAUCACUUCCAGACUGACAAACUGGGGGUAUCUAUACAGAUAUCUAUAUAUCUAUAUAUCGAUAUAUAAUUUCACAAAUGAAUGUUAAUGUAAAAAAGUAUGUUUUGAAACAAUGCAACAUUUUGAGCUUUUGAACUCAGACAAAUGUUACGACAAAUACUUGGUGCUUGUAGCCAAAGAUGGUUUUAUAUUGUUAUGUGGCUCUCAAGCUUCAGAAAAGUUCUGUUUAAAUCACUACAUCUCUCGUAUUAUUUAUGUAUUCUUCUAUUGUUUGUGUUGUGUUUGUUUAAGGAUUUCUGAUUUCCGAUCAAGGUGUUUUUAACAGACAAAUUCUGAACAACGGCAGGAGAAAUAUUCAGUGCACGUAUCAACCUCCGUCCCUUGCUUUUCCAUGUAUAUUUGCUGUGGCUGCUGUGGUGUGAGCUACAUGAAGGGUUCCUUUUGUCAUGUUUAGUGAUUUCUUGAGGUGAUCAUGCCAAAAUAACAACUGACUACCUACUGCUUUGAAAUGCCUUUAACUUUGGAACAGAUCCCACAGAUUAAAAACCAGACAAACUAUAUCAAAUAUGCAUUUUUCCUGUAAUCAAAUCUCUGUGCUAUUUUAUUAUAGUCUAACAGUUUUUCAAGAUGUUAAUCUAUGAAAUGACACAACUAUAAGUAAAUACUAAGAUAUAUGGAAUUCUGGUGAAUAAGAUGUGGCUUUAUAUGAAUGAUGUACAUAAAUCUAAACCUUUUAUAUUUGUGAUGCAUAUUUACAGUAGCUUGUAAAGUGUAAAUAGAAGGGACAGUUUUAGUUUGGCAUUAAAAUAAUUGUAGAUGUU